AUGAAUGCACGCGAUAUUCUUGGGAUUGCAGGGAGUAUCAUUUCGCUGUUCCUGAUAACAUUCCGGAGGAUUUGCAAUAACAAAGAUGUUGAGCAGUUUAGCUGUGUUCCCUACGUCGCAACAGCUCUAAACUGCUCAUGUUGGAUCAUUUAUGCCCGAGUGAGUGAUCCCAGCCAUAACAUUGCUCUGCUGUGUAUUAGCUGCAUUGGCCUCGUAGUCGAGCUUGUCUAUGUCUACUUAUACUGGUUGUACGCCAAUGGCGAAAGGGUUAACCAAAGGACAACAGUGAUUGCUUAUGUUGGUGGGUGUGUUGCUCUGUUGGCAAUAUUUGGUAUCAUAACCCUUGUGUGGCCCAAGAAUAAGAAGAGAGAGAAGGAGGUGAUUGAAACUAGGAGCACACAGUACAUGCCUAUCCAUAUUACCUUGUUAAGUCUACUGAAUGGGAUCUUUUGGCUGGCUUACGCUCUGGUGAAAUUCGAACUCUUUUUGGUUCUGGGGACUGGUGCAGGUCUUUUGUGUGGAGCUGUCCAGCUGUUUCUGUACCUGAAGUACCGCGAACCAGUGGCAAAGAUUGAACAGGAAUCUGCAUCUCUUCUGUGUAUGCGAUUGGAGAAUUUUGAGAUGGUUCAAGAAGUUUUAGAUGCUCUGGGAUGCUACAAAGUUUUAUAUUCAACUUUGUUAUUUUGCUGCUUAUCAAUUGCAUCUAUAGCAGAGUUAAUGUUUGACAAUGCAGUUGGUGAGAUCAGCCAUUAG